UAUAAAAUGUGGAGAAAGACUUUCUUUUGCUGGCCUUUAUUAUCCGGAGUUAAAACAGUUGCUUUCUUUGAUAUAGCAAGGAUAAUAAUAUCAACUCUUUUCCUAAUGUUAGUAUUUAUAUUCGAUAAAGAUGGAGCUCCACCUAUCCUUCUAGCACUUCUGGAGCUAUUACUAGUAGAUGUGCCCAGAGGUAUCUGAGGUAUUUGGAUAUCAAAGAAGAAGUACUCCCAAAAUAUUGCUAAAUACUACUCAUUCAUACGCCUAGGCACAAUGGUGUGAGUAGCGAUCUUCAAUAUUUUGGAAAUAGUUGAAGAAACAAGCAAUUAUGAUAAAAAUGGACAUUCUUCUAAACCCAAGAGAGGGAGAAGAGGGUCGAAAGGAUCAGUUAUCUUCUUUGGCGUCUUCUUCUUGGUAGGGAAUGUCUUGAUAGACCUUUUCUUUUCCCAUGUGCUUUAUAGUUAUUUCAAGAAUGGGAAUCGAUAUGAUCCUGAGAGGAGGGAUUUGGAAGCUCAAAAUAUGCCACAUUUACAGAAUGGAGGAGCUCUAGUUCAACAUAAUGGAUUUUAUCCUGGCUCAAGAGCAGGGAGUGGUCUUGGGCAAGCCCGAAAUUCAGGGCUUACUCAUCACCCUGGAGGAAUCCGAGCUGAUGGACUAUUUGGCAACCUCCAAAGCAAUGCUCAGAAUCGAAGUAGCCCAAUAAAAGAUUCUAGGAAUAUCAGGGCUAACCCCAACACAAGGAGUGAAAGAAUUAAUGACCUUGAUGACUCCACACAGCAGUUUGGAAGAGAAGACAAUAUCAGGAUUGAUAAUAUCCAACUAGAACUUAACGAAAAUCCUCUAAGGAAUCCCACCCCAGAUGAAAAGACAAGAGGUAGAGGCAAUGGUCAGAUAUAG